AUGGUCGAUUCCACGAUGUCAUCCCGCGCGAAGUAAGCAUUUUUUAUUACAGUUUGGCAUUCAUAAUGGAUUCUGUAACGUUAAAUUAAGAUUGAAUCGAGAAAAUGUGCUUCAGAUGAGGAAAAGUCAUCUUGAGGAUGUUGAUAUGAACAGAUACGAGAUCCGAUUUCUCUUUUAUGCUGAGGAAAAGGAUCCCAAGGUUCAAGAAAGCUGUCUCGAGGUGAGGCUCUAGUUAAAUAAAAUUUCCUUCCAGAGGGAAGCAGUCCACAGACUCACGGCUGAUCUUGCAUCCAGAAUCCAACUCUUCAAAUCCAAAACUGUGACUCCAGAAGGUUCUCGUAAUGGUGUUAGUGGCACAAAAUCUGAGGUAUCCCGACGACGAGGAGGAUUAGAAUGUGAUGAAGAGGUUGGAUCCGAAGAGUACUUCACACCAACAGUGCACCUGGUGAAGAGCGGACCAGACUUGUUCGAGGAGAGCAAAGUGAACGAACCCAGCCAGGUGCACCCCUCGUUAGGUGCACUGAGUGUCAGGCGUACUCUUCGGACCAAAUCGAACAAGAAACCGAGUUUUUGCUGGAUCAGUGAUUCACGAUUUUUUCGGAUACGGAUACUCAUCCGACCGUAUUUUUAGCCUAAAACAAUCCGUAUCCGAUAAAACAUCAUCGGAUAUAUGCGUUGCAGGCGAACUCUUCCCCUUUCCUGAACUCUCCCCCUUUUUUGAACACUCCCCCAUUUUGAAAAUUGAAAAAAUUAGGGGUGACAUGUUAUAAGCGCCAUAAAGUCCUGACACAUUUGCACUUUCGUCAAAAAGCUGUUCAAAAAUUUCAUAAAAGAAAUUCGUAAUAUAUUUAAUAUUUUCUUAUGCAGUCAAGAGUAUCCUGUAUCCGUAUCCGAAUUUUUGGCCAAAAUAUCCUGAUAAUAUCCGUAUCCAAAUGCACGUAUCCGUAUAUCCGUAUCCGAUAAAAAUACGAAUCCGUGAAUCACUGCGCUGGAUUGUUUGAAUCAGGAAUCGGUCGUGAUGAGAAAUGGAGGAGGUCAGGACUUAAAUGAGGGAUCCGACGUUGGGAUUUAUGGAAGGAGAAAGGUUUUAACAGACUCUGAAAGUGCGUUCAUCGAUGAGAACAGUGACACUUUGUCUGAAGAAGAGCUCCAUUUAUGCUCUUUUAACCGUAGUAGUCUCGGAUCUGACGGUCUAUGUGAAGAGAAGUGCCCGGAGGACUUGGAUUUCUCUCCAUUUGGCCACCAGUGUGUGGAACAAACUGAUUUGUGUUCAGAAUGUGGUUGUCUGGAGAUGGAUGGAGGCAUGACGAGAGACCUAAAAUACAUCUCAGAAUCCGCCAUCGAAAUGAUUAGAAUUCUGAGAAGAAAUGAAGGAUCCAAGAACUCCCUACAGCAGCUAACUGGUUCUCUGAAUACCUUUGGGAAUCCUUCUCUGGCAUCUGAAUCAUUGGAAUCCUUUGGAGAAAUUACCAAAAGGUGCAGUUCUUCUUUCGCAAUUCUGAUGACUCAGGAAUUUUGACUAAAAACGAUUCUUUCAGUGAUCUGGCGACUGUUGAAUUCUCGGACUUUUCGACUGACACCAAGAUAUUCUCAACCAGCUGGAGAAAAGUGAAUGCCCCAGCGGAUGUGACAAUUGUGGAAGCAAAAGAUGACUUUGAAGAUUGUAAUGACUACUUCUCCCAACCGUUGCUUCAAAACGAGAGCCCGUCUUCAAAUCGGGGCUCAGAUUCAUCUUCUGAAGCUGUCUCCACUUCCAGAAACAUGGUUUUUCCGAGUUCGACCCUCCUCAGUAAGUGCUGAGUCAGAAUCUUUUAUGUGUUUUAUGAUUUCAGCAGAGAUGAAGGCGACCCAGAUGCAUCAAGCCAUUUGUUUCGAAGCACAGUUUGGUCGCGUUGUCCAUCUCCAUUCUCAAGGCCCUCAGAAAUCCUUUAAAAGUGGAAUGGAGACAUCUCCUUUGCAAACAGUGAUUCUAAAUCGACGGAAUGGUUAGAGAAAGUUUUCAAUCUCGAGUUUCCUUCGGUUGUAAUAAAGGAAUACUCUCGAAAAAGGCGUUGCGUCUCAUGUCUUCAUGACCUAUUUGAGAAUUAGAUUUGUUUUCUCGACAGGUUCUCCUUCCUGUUUACUCGUAUUUACUCUUUUUGCUUCCGAAAAUUCACAGAAAUGAAGACAAGGAGAAGAAGUUGGUCUCUGCGAAGCGAUGGCCUUACCAUCUCCGUCUAUCUCCCCUUGUUUAAUCAAUAAAUUCCUCUCCAAUUGCGGGAUUUCCUUUUUCUUUUAUUUGCGUGAAGGUCGUAAAGUUGUUUUCUCGCCAUUUACCGCUCUUCAGGCUAUGGAUGUUCACCGGGAGGUGUAUACUUCCCAGCGGCCGGAUGGGACUGUAGUUACGACUACGACAAGAACCAAGUACGAAGAAGACGUGGAGUAUGGCUGUGGGCCGGGGUCUGUGGAUAAGAGAUACUGCUGUUCCCCUCAGGGCAUUCUUCGAAUCGUAGAAUUGGUAAGGCGUGGCCCAUAGAUAAUAUCGUGACAGAUAAUUUGCCUGGUGGUGAUCUGUCUGAUCUCGUCCGUAUUCGGCCCAGGUCCCUUCAAGGGUAUUUUAUUUGGCCAGACCUUUGUGAUCAUCUUCACAUCGAUCGCUCUCUGCGUAUCCUUUAUCUUCUUGGUCGGGUACUUCCUCAAUAUGCAUGUCACUCAUCUCAAUUUCUGGCCUUGGAAGACUUCCGUAAGUUUAUUUUAUUCGACGAGACGACUUUUUCAGGAUUUUCUGUUUUCGGCGAUCGCUGCGAUUAUUUUCUUGGUCCUUUGUUUCCUGGAGGCCUACUAUUCUACCGGGGCCUGGGCCAAUAAUUGUAAUGACAUUGGUGGAGAUGGGGUCAUCCACAACGGUUGUAGAACCAUCAUCGAAUGGGCAUUUGCUGCUGUAAGUUUAAAUGAACAGUGGUUUGAGGACCUGUGACCGUAAUCUUUUCAGUUUCUGCUGUUCGUUCUCGCCGUUUUAUAUGGGAUUAGUGCCUUUUUGGCAUCGAAACGAGCACGAUAUGACUGA